AUGGAACAACCCCAAAACCUUAAAUCAGGUCGAGCGAUGGAGGAGUCAGAUGACCAUUUCAAAGAACUCUGCGCCAGCUUUUUCCAAAGGGUGAAAAAAAGUGCGACCAAAGAAGCGUCAGGAGAGAGAACGAGGCAGAAGGCCUCCGGGCACACUCAGAACCGAGGCAAACGGAAAGAAGGCCGCCAAGUUGUCGCCAGGAACAAAGCCCUUCAAGGCCCUUCAGAGAAGAAAUCUCGAUUAGGCAGCCAGACCCCUAGGACUAAAAAGCAAGGGGCACCCAAAUCGCAAGAAGGGGACCCAGCUCUCCCUGUGAAUGGAAAGGGAGAUGUUCUUGCUCCUACCCCAGAUCAGCCUGUGUUGUGUGAAAGAGCACAGAGCAUUCAGACAGAGAGUGCUCCCAAUGGCGGCUCCCAGCCUCUUCCUUCCUGUUUCACGACAACUGGUGUACCAAGUUCCUCCAAACCCAGAGCCUCAGAGCUGGUUCUGCAACGGAUGAAGCAGUUCAAGAGAGCAGACCCUGAGCGCUUGAGACAUGCCUCAGAAGAAUCCUCCCUAGAGAUUGCACUGGGAAACAAUGUCCCAAGGAGCCCUCCAGAGGAGAUAGUGGGAGAAACCGAGUAUAAACCCAAGCUCCAUGCCACAGACAGCGAUGCUGCAAUGGCCCUGGCCUUAGAACAGGAGUUUAGAAGGGAGGAAGCGUCCUCGCACCAUGACAGCCUGGAGGAGAAGGGGUUGUUCUUCUGUCAAAUGUGUCAGAAAAACCUCUCAGCAAUGAAUGUGACCCGGAGGGAGCAACAUGUGAACAGAUGCCUAGAUGAGGCAGAGAAGGCUCAGAGACCUGCUCUACCUCAGAUCCCUGACUGCCCAAUAUGUGGGAAACCGUUCCUCACCACCAAGAGCCGAAUCAGUCACUUGAAGCAGUGUGCGGUGAGGAUGGAAGUGGGUCCCCAACUCCUGCUUCAGGCUGUGAGGCUACAGACAGCUCAGCCAGAGGUAGACGGCAGCCCUCAGGUACCCAGUUUCAGCAACCAUGUUGGAGGGUUGAAACGGAAAGGAGCCACCACCAAGAGGGAGCCAAGGAGGAGGAAAGUCAAUGAGCCUGAGGCUCCGUCUGAAGAUCUGCUGGUGGCCAUGGCUCUGUCUCGCUCUGAGGUGGAGCACUGUCCAGAUGUGCCCCCACUCAGACUGGAAAGUGCUUUUUCUGAGAAGAUACGGCUAGGAACAGAGAAGAAAAGUCGCAAGAAGAGACCCCCAGUGUGUCCCCCACAGUUGGUAACCCAAGACUCUGAGACCACAGGUAGACAGAUCGAGGAUCGUGUUGCCCAGCUUCUGUCCGAGGAAGUAGAACUGUCUUGCACCCCACCACUUCUUGCCAGCAAGAUUUUUAAGGAAGACUUGGAACCUGCAGGCUGGCGAGCACAGCUGCCUGAAGGGAAGCAGAACUUGCUGUGGGAACUCAGCGCCCUCACAGGAGCCUGGGCUGAGGAGUCCUUCUACACAGUGGGCCUGUUUCCUCCAAUUGUGUCCCAAUGCCCUACCAAGGAACCCCAGCUACCACUGGAGCUGCCCAAGCAAGGAAAGCCAAGUCCACGACGGCCACCUGCUUCCCAGAGCAGCCUUCCUGUGAGCCACAGCCCCAAGAACCAACUGCUAUCCUCUAGCCAGAGGGAGCGUCAAGCCCUUCAGGACCUUGUGGACUUGGCAGUGGAAGGGCUGAGCUCUAGCCCAUGGCCCAGGAGUCAGGGCGUACCCACAGGGUUGGACUUGGUACCUGGCAGCCUUCCGCUGACGGGGUUUGUCCUGCCAUGUAAGAAGACCCUUAAGAAGGAUGACAGUGCCUCACUCUCCCUUGGGUUAUUGGUGGCAGACUUUGGGGCCAUGGUCAAUAAUCCACACCUGAGUGAUGUCCAGUUCCAGCUUGACAGCGGAGAGGUGCUUUAUGCACACAAGUUUGUUCUUUAUGCACGAUGCCCACUUCUUAUUCAGUAUGUAAGUGCUGAAGGCUUCUCUGCCGAAGAGGACGGGAAUCUGACCCAGCGUGUCCUGCUGAGUGAUGUGAGCUCAGAGGCCGCCCAUGCAUUUCUGAACUACCUCUACAUGGCGGACACUGACAUGCCUCCCAGCCUGGUUCUGGAUCUGCGUUCCCUGGCCCUAAGGUUUGGUGUGAGUGACCUUGUUCAGCUGUGUGAACAAGUGCCCGCUGUGGUGGACUUAGAGGGAGACCAGCCGGAAGAGGCCAGUGAGGACUGCGAAAGCCGAGCAGAGACUUUCCAGGAACUCCUGAGGUCGGUGUGGGUCGACGACGACGAGGAAGCAGAGACUCUGCUGAAACCUGAAGUCUGUGAAGAAGAGAGAGAAAGAGUGGAUGAAGCAGAAAUGGAAGAGAUAUACGAAUUUGCAGCUACACAGAAGAAGCUUCUCCAGGGGGGGAGAGCAGCAGACCCAGAUGGGAGCACUAACCCGCACGGGGAGGACAACACGGUUUCUGAGCCUUCCCUGGCAGCUGACCAGAGUAACAGACAGCUAGAAAAUCCAGAACACAUGGAGUCAUCUGGGUUAGGCAAAGAAGAGGCACUAGCCAGCUGGGCACACGAAGGGCAUUCCACUCCGCUGCAGGACCAGUGCCCAGACCAGGCAGGGAAAGCAGAGGCCCAGGAUGCACUAGGGGAGGCAACUAACCACCCCAGCUUCUACAGCCACCACGGGAGGAGCAAAGAGUGCUUUCUUCUGCACCCAAACAAGGCCCAUGGCUGCAAACAGCUCCUUCCAUCAAAUCCAAGAGUGUUAUCUAAACUGUCACAAAUGACACUUGGUCAUGAAGAACAGAGUGACCGUGCCAGAGAGAGGCAGGCAGACAUGGCCCAACCACCUACUCCACACCCCUGCAGCCUUCUGUCACAGUCUUCUGUGGGUGGAAGUCCCAGCCAGUCAUGGCUUCACCUAUACCACACAAGUCAUUUGUCCCCCUCAGUGUCCCAGUCACACAGUAGCAUUUCCAGGGUGGCGUCCCCAAGGUCACUGUCUCCAGUCACACCAACUAAGCAGAGGAGGAACAGUAACAUUCCCACAUUCCAGAAAGACGCUGACCACCACAGAGGCCAACAAAGUAGCCCCAUAUCGGGACACAGAAAUAGGGGCAUCCUGAUUUCCCCAGCAAAGUCUCCACCCAUUGACCUGACACAGUCGGUACCGGAGCCCCUGAGCCCCAGGGCCCAGGAUCCUCUGCAUCACGUGAAGGAGGAGGACGAGGUCAUCCUGUUACUAGAUUCAGAUGAGGAGCUGGAGCACACCAAGACAGAGUCAGUUUCUAAAGAUUCCCCAGAAGGAAGGUCCUCUGAACUGUUUUCAGUCAUUGAUGUUGAAGAAGAUCACGACCAUUUCCAAAGCCCACUGAAGAGAGAGGCCAGGUUACAGCAUGGAGGGGAAGGACAGCUGGGGAGCCAGUCUGCGCUGGGCCACAGAGACAUCCCCUGGCUGCUCUGCAGCCAGAAGAACAGCCUGGAUGAGGACAGUGCUACAGACACCUCUUGGCUGGUGCCUGCCACUCCAGGGGUCAGCAAGAGUCGUGAUUGCUCAUCACAGACCCAAAUCAAAAGCCUUAAGACCAGGACUCCGUCAGAUGAGACUGCUCAGCAAACACCGAGACCUAACUUAGAACGCAGGACCAUGCUGGAAGCAGCCCAGCAGUUCUCUGUGGUCAUGCCACACACACAGCCUAUUACUCUAGGAGCCUUUGACAGUGGAAGACAGCCCUACAGAAGCCCCUCCCAUCCCUAUCCCAGGCACCACAGACUCUCUUCUUCACAGCCAUCAUGUCCUGGCCCUGAUUUUACCAGAUGGUCCCAGAAAUCCUCUGCACCUAGACCAUGCCUGCCAAAUCCGCCUGCAGCUGAUGACGUGGUAGAAGUUGGGGACAGUGAUGAUGAGCAGGAGGUGGCUUCCCAUCAAGGAAACGGCAGCCCCGUGCUAGAUGGUGACCCCCCGGGUCCCAUGGGUGACUACUGUUGGAAUGAGCCUCUCUCACCAAUUCCAAUUGACCACUUGAAUCUGGAGCGGACCGGCCCCCUGACCACAAGCAGUCCCAGCAGUCAGGCCCUGGAGGCUCUGCACAGUGAUGACUGCCACUCCCCAGGACUUGGUACCACCCCCAUCCGAGGAAGCUGUGGUGCUCUGAGAGAGUCUCAAGAGCAGUCCUCACAGGCUGGCUCUCCAGAGAGCAGCAAACUGAGUGUCCUCAGCCAGGCUCUGUGGGACGACUGGGAUGAGGAGGAAGGACAGGCUCCAGAGGCUCCACCUGUGGCCCAAAUGCUGAGUGCCAGAACUCGGAAGCCAGACAGGCCAGAGACACCAAAAGGUGCUAAUCAGAAAAAGAACUUGCCUCCCAAAGUGCCUAUAACUCCAAUGCCAAGGUAUUCGAUCAUGGAGACCCCGGUGCUGAAGAAAGAACUGGACAGGUUUGGAGUCCGUGCUCUGCCCAAACGCCAGAUGAUUCUAAAACUGAAGGAGAUUUUCCAGUACACUCACCAAACUCUGGAGUCGGACUCUGAGGAUGAGAUCCAGUCGUCCCAGAUACCCGCAGAGGUACCUUGUAGCCAGGCAUCUGCCACUGAGACCUGCAGCCCUUCAAGGUCAGGAAGUCACACCCAGCUCAAGGUCACUGCAGGUCUUAGGACUCAAAGAUCCGAGGGCCCUGCUAAAAGCAAGAGCCGUCAGCAUCAGGAGAAGCAGCUCAGUGAAAGUAUUUCUCACCCGAGCAGGUUGCCCCCUGGGGGGCCUUCACAUCCUGAUGGUGACACCCAGCUCCCAGCCUCCCAGGAAUCCAUGGCUACCUCUGUGGAUGGCAGUGACAGCUCCUUCAGCUCUAAAAGCUCCUCUGGUGAGUUUGGAGCCGCCUUUGAGUAUUCAGGUGAAGACAAGGAUGAAGAGGUCAGGGUCACUGCAUCACAGGUGGCAAUCCAGGCCGCAGACACAGAGGAGGCAGUGAGACGUUACAUCCGCUCCAAGCCUGCCCUGCACAGGCAGAUCCUGAGGUACCAGCCUGUGGAGCUGGCUGAGCUGCAGGCUGAGCUGAAGCGGAAUGGCAUCCCUGUGGCCAUGGGCAAGCUGCUGGACAUCCUGGACGCUCAGUGUGUCACCUUCACCACUGCUGCAGCCCGGAAGGAGAAGCUUAAACACAAGAGACGGCAGCCCUCAGGCCGAAAGAAGAAGGAUCAGAAAUGACAGGCCUCCACCCAAUAGACCUGCCAGAGGGCCUGGGCACCUGGUGUAAGUCAGGCCUCCACAGUAUGUCGUAGGAUAUGGGCCUGUGUCUGUGUAAAGGACAAGAACCCCAGCGUACUUUCCUGUACUCCAGCUCCGUGUGUCCCCCUCGGACUAAGAGCAGACCCUCCCCCCUGCAGUCAGUGCCAGUUCUCCCCCUUUGGCCCAACCAUCCAACGUGGUCCUGAAAGGCAGUGGGCCACAGCAGCGACCAGAGCAAGACCCGAGCCUCCUUCACUUGCCUUUCUGUGUCCAGCACACUCACGCCCAACUGCCCUAUAGUAGAUUCUGGGACAGGCAUUGGGUCCAGCCUUCUCAGCAUUGAAACCAGCCCAGCCACCAUGGCAGACCAGAUAACACUGUCACCAGCGUCCUACAAGUAGGGCCCAGCACAGCUAUGAAGACCCCUAAAGUAAGCAUGUUGUUUGUGGGCUCCACCUAUUUGUGUUAAGCCUCCUUGACCCAGUGUGGACUCUGGGACCAGAAAAAAAACACAAAAGUUUGGGUUUUCACAGUCUGUGAAUGUCCUUGUGUGUUUUAAAUACAGUGAAGUUGUUUUAUAUAAUGUGCAAUAAAAACAAAGAAGACUUUAUUUAAAAAUAAAUA